UUGUACAAACAGCUUGAGUCAUAUAAACUUCACCUGUCCGGAAUAUACUUACCUUGCAAUAAAUUAAUAUAUCGUAAUUUUGUUAUUAUAAAGUUAUUUUUUUAUUAAAAAUGUAUUGUUUUAUUGUAGCGUUAGUUCUGCUAUCAUAUAUAUUCUUCGACGUUAACUAUUUUAUUCGUGUUGCUUUCACAAUUUUGUUUGGAAGACUGUUUCAAAAGAAAUGCGGUGUUAAUGACUCCACAACAAUUUACGGAAUAUGUACCACCCAGGAUGUCGACAUCUUCUUGCGACACAUGAAUAAUGCUCGUUACGUGAGAGAUUUGGACUUCGCAAGGUUCCAUUUCUAUGACAGGACCGGCAUCUAUAGGAAUAUUAAGGCAGUCGACGGACAUGUCCUCCAGGGCGCAUCCAGUAUACGAUACCGUAGAACCAUUCCCAUAUUUAAUGCAUACAAAGUGGAGACGAGGUUGGUGUAUUGGGAAGACAAAUCUCUGUUCAUAGAACAAAAGUUCAUAACGUUGCAUGACGGUUUCGUCCGUGCCAUAGUACUAUCCCGUCAGAACCUUAUUAACAUCGACGCUGAUGGUCUUCUCAAGAACAUUCCGGGAGUCGAGAAGAAACCCGAAUGCCCCGAAGAGAUCAAACACUGGCUGCAGGCCAUUGAGAUAUCCAGCGCGAGACUGCGCAAGAAGGAUUAAUUUCAUUCUACUGUAUAUAUUAUUUAAUGAAAAUAAAUGUAUUUUUUAAAGUGUGCA